GUGUGUGUGUGUGUGUGUGUGUGUGUGUGUGUGUGUGUGGUCAGUAGGAUGGAUGCAGCUGAGGACCUUGAUGAAGACGAUCUUAUGCACUACGAUGUUCAGAGGAGCAUCCAGGAGUCGGUUCAGAGACCAGAGAGUGAGGCUAUGAAGCUCGUGGGGGCCAUCAAACAAGGUGACAUGUUGGCUCUGCGGCAGCUCUGUGAUUUCCCAGCAUCCUUCAGUCAGGCGGAUGAGCGCGGCUGGUUUCCUCUGCACUGGGCAGUGGUGCAACCUCUGGUUCUGGUCCUGGAGACGGUGCUGUACGCGUCUUUCCGUCUGACUCUGGAGGAAAAGACUUCGGAGGGCGAGACCUUCCUGACUUUAGCGGUUGGAAAUGAUUUGUUGGAAAACGUGAAGCUGUUGUUGGAGAACGGCGCUUCUCCUCACACGACCAACAGCAAGAACGAAACCCCGCUGCUUUUAGCAGUGAGAGCCGGAUCCUAUCAGAUGGUUUCCAGUCUGAUGGCUGCAGGAGCUCAGGUGGAGCAGGUGUGUCUGAAGAAGUGGACGGCCAUGCACGAGGCCUCCAGAGCCGGCUGUGUUCCUGUCAUGGAGCUCCUGCUGCAGAGGGGGGGAAAGGUUUCUGAGACGGACCAGUACGGAGUCACUCCUCUGGGCAUCGCUGCGGAGUACAGCCACUCUGGAGUCCUGGAGCUCCUCAUCAAACACGGUGCUGAUGUGAACGCCCAGGCACCAAAUGGCGACAGUGUUCUGAACGACGCUGCAGGGUCAGGAGACCCGGACUGUCUCAACAUCCUGCUGCAGAACGGAGCCAAUCCCAACGUCCACAACCUGAGCUCCCAGCUGCCCGUGCACCACGCUGCGUACGAGGGACACCACCUAGCUUUAAGGAUUUUGAUCCCGAUCACCACCAGACGGGCCCUGCGUGUCUCCGGCCACAGCCCCGUCCACUCUGCUGCUGACGGAGGAAACACCCGCUGCCUGGAGCUGCUGCUGCAGAAAGGCUUCGACGUCAACGCUCAGCUAGCCCCUCACAUCUCCGACAACUACGGAGACAUGAGGAAAAGCCCGCUGUACUUCGCCGUCUCCAACGGGGAUGCCACCUGUACUGAGAUUAUGCUCAAAUCAGGGGCCAAUCCCAACCUGGACCCUCUGUGCUGCCUCCUGGUGGCGGUCAGGUCGGGGCGCUACGACAUCGUGAAGCUGCUGCUGGCGGCUAAAGCGGACGUGAACUGUUACUUCACGGUGCUGAACGACACGGUGUUUCCCACGGCGCUGCAGUACUGCCUGAAGGACGAGGUGAUGAUGAGGCUGCUGCUCAACAACAGAUAUAAUGCAGAGAAGUGUUUCUGCUGCCACCAUGAGGACGACUGGGAGGAGCUGAGCGAGGCUGGGUACUCACAGGAUCAGGAGGAGAAAGUCCCUUUUUGUGAUUUCGUCAGCGUCUCCUGGCUGGACAACCUGGUGGGCCGAGCGGUGUCGAUCCUCCUCGAAUACGUCGGUCAGGUUUCCCUCUGCAGCAAACUGACAAAAACCCUGGAGGCACACAAGGAGUGGCCUCACAUCCACUGGACGCUAUGUAACCCUCGCUCUCUGUCUCACCUGAGCAGAGUGGUGAUCAGGAAACACCUGAGCUGCAGCAGCAUGGCGUCCGCCCCGCUGCCCAACCGGCUGAAGGACUACCUGCUGUUCAAAGAGAGCCACCUGGACGCCAAAAUCAUCUGCAGGGGGGACUGUGCGGACGAGGAAAUCCUUCAUAUUCAAUGAGCCAUAAAAGUGGUUUACUGUAUGGAGCAGGGCGUCAAUGUUUCACAAUUAUCUAAAAAUGACACGCAAUAAAUUUCCUAAGUCAAUUUAGGAGUAAAUAUGUGUUUUUGCAGUGUUAGAGUUACCUUUACAGGCCCAUCUCUGUACUGUAUGACUGCCCCUUAUCACAUUGUUUCAAAGGGGCAUUAGAUCUUUCUGGUCCAGGCUGCAUAAAGUAAACAUGAAAUG